AUGGCGAACGCUCCCCCUCUGGAAGCGGCCCUCAUCCGGCCCGGGGAAGGCUCCGCCGUGCCCGCCCUACGCGUCUCGGAGUCUCCUGGCCUCGGAGACAGCCCCCGCAGUCCGUCCGACCGCGGCACCAAACUGCAUUGUCACACGGCCGUCCGUUACGCUGCGCCAAGCAACACAACGCGAGGCAAAUUUCUCCGCACGCUGCCGGUCCUCUUUGUUCUCUGUUUGGUCAGUUGUGUCGUCCUGAUCUACGUCGCUCUCCACAUUCUGCCGUUGCUCGGCUUCGCGCCUUGCGUGGAUGGCGACCUAGACUGUGUCCGAGACAGCGGGGCCUUCUCGCGCGGCCUUGGCGAGCUCUUUGCUCUCCUCAUUCUGCUGACUCUGCAGAUGACUUCCUUCAGCCUCGCCGUCUUCGUUUCGCCAGGAGGCGUACCGGACCUCUCCGCAGAGGAAGAGGAACGCCUUCUCCUGCACCAACCCGCGAUGGACCACCACUGCCCGUGGAUUGACAACUGCGUCGGGUGGGGGAACCACAAGUACUUCAUGCUCGCUGUUAUCUACUCGUCCGUCCUGUCCGUCUACGUCGCCGCGACUAUGUUCGAAUCUGUUGCUAGAGCUGUGAAUUCUCCCUCGGAAACUUUUGCCGUCUUGUUCUGGCUUCUGUUCGGAGAGACGCUGGACAUUUUUCUCGGCAUUGUGGUGACGGGCUUUCUGGGCUUUCACCUUUACCUCGUGGUGAAGGGGAUGACGACAAUUGAGUUCUGCGAAAAGCAGUUCAGACAUUACCCCGCAUAUGCAGCGGAGCAACAGUCGAUGUGGACCCGCGGCGCGUGGAUCAAUUUCAAUGACACUUUCGGCUAUAAUCCUCUUCUCUGGUUCCUGCCUAUUGAUAAUCGGCCUGGCAACGGCAUGCAUUUCGUUCCUCAGCACCACUUCCGUUCCCCCGUGAUUGCGCAGAACAUGGGGGUGGGAUCCAGCGGAGGCAAAGAGCUGUGA